UAAAUUUCUUGGUCUUCGAAUUUCUUAUUUUUUUUUCUUUUUAUAAUUAAAAAAAUCAGACAGAAUUUCCGAAAGUACUGCGAAAAGUAAAAUAUUUCGUCGAGUAUCCCGUUUUACCCCAAUCCCCCCCUCCAAAUAAUAACUUUGACGAUUAAUCAGUUUCGCUGUCGAAAAUACGGUGAAAAAGUCUGUGAAAAUGAGGUCACACAGUUUGUCAAGAUAAAAAUGUGUGCAUAGUUGGUAAGCGGAACACAAUAGAGUGCGAGCCCUGGCGGUGCGUCGAUCUCGGGUUGCGUAACGAAGAAUCGUCGGCGCUACUCACUCGAAGGUGCGUCGUCGCGCGCACAACACUCGUGCUGAGCCGAGCGUUAGUUUUUUUUAGUCCAAUUAAUAGCCAUCGACGUUACGUGGUACGAGAAACAAUCGACGAAGGUCAAAUCAAUCGCGAACUUUAAUCUCGUUCUCCCGUGCAAAUUGAGAAUGGGGCGACUUCCGAGUCGGGAGAAUAAGCUCCGCUAAUUCGGAAGUGUCGUUGACGACGAACGGGAGUGAAGUGGCGCGUUAUAAAAGUGACAUUUUCUCGGCGCGAGCGGUCCAGAAAUGACUAGAAAUCGAUACGGCCAGUCGGGAAAAUUCGAUGAGGAACUACCGCCCGUACAAGUGUCGCCCUUCGUGGAUCGAUCUUCGCCAAUUUGUCAUCGAGCUCCUCCUCCUCGCCUCAUGGUGCUGCCCUCUCGUCCGAACUCACGCUGUCGACGAUCCGCGCUGCGGAUCCGAUCGAAAAUCUUACGCUCAAACUCUCGCGACCUGCACAUACGACAAGGACUGCAUGGAUAACGCUUACUGCAAACACCAGAAGACCUGCGAGUGCAUGGAGGACUAUCUCGUGGAUAAGAACCGCACACACGUGCGAUGUCUCAAAAUCGCAACGAACAUCGGAGAUCCAUGCACCGAGGACGUCCAGUGCAGUGUGACCUUCACUGCCCAAGCGGAGUGCCGGAACAACACGUGUGGGUGUUCGCCAGGCUCCCACUUCGAGGCUGAAAGGUGUUACGAGUCCGUUGGAAUCGGCCACGUUUGUCAAACUUCGCACAACUGUUACGUCCACGGAUCGGACAGUUUUUGUGUCGAUGGUUACUGCUCUUGUCCCUUGCAACAUCAUCCAAACUCGGACGGAUCUCGCUGCUUGAAGAGUGCUUCCCUCAGAGACAAAUGCGAUAUUGAUGAAGAGUGCAUAACGAUGCACUCGCGAUGCACUCGCGUUGGCUGCGAUUGCAAGGUCGCCUACGUGCGCUCCAUGGACGGGCAACGCUGUCUCAAGGGAGCUAAUGCCAUAGGAGAUCCGUGCGAGGAAGACUUGCAGUGUCGAGCAUUCUUGAAAAACGCUCGGUGCGGAGAGGAAGGAAAAUGCAGAUGCAAUAUGGACUUUAAGCAUCGGGGAUCCGUCUGCCGUAAAGAUUUGUACACUCGGAUGCUUGGGAAGCGUUGCAACGACUUCAGCGAUUGCGUAGAAGGAUUAGACGACAUGGAUAUCGGUACGACAGAAGUGACGCGAGCAGACUGUAUAAAGGGAAUUUGUUCCUGCACGAAAGAUUACGAACUGACUGAGGAUGGUCGAGAUUGUAUAGGGUACAGCGAAAUCGGAGGUUCAGCGAGAUGGCAAAUGACGGCACUGCCAACAAUUGUUCUAUUCGCGUUAACGCGACUAUUUUGAAUGAUUUAAAGCGAGCCCGUCUCGAGGAAAGCGACUCGACGAUACUCGCGUUGUUAUGAUAUAAAUAUAUAUAAAUUAUAUUAUAUUAUACAUACAAAUUAUAUUUAUAAUAUUUAUUAUACAUUAUAUAGAGAAUAUUUACACGCAAAACAAAAAGAAAAAACGCUUUUGCCAGUCCGUACUCUACCAUUGUAGCUUAAAAGUACAAAUUUUAAUAUAUGAAUGGAACUAAGACCGAGGAGGCUAUAGACGUACGUAACUUACUUCGUGUUACUAUUGGAAAAUCAUGAAACGCGUUCAAUAGACUUUAAUGAAAAAACAAAAUGGUUUGAAGUUUCAAAAGUGAAUUUUUUAUUCUUUAUCGACUUUUGUAUAUUGAAUGAAUAAAUUGGCUUGAUGCAA